AUGGCGAUGAGGGUGACGGAGCGGCGCCAGCGGCAUCGCAAGGAUGUGCGGAAGCACGUGACCUUGAUGCGGCGCGUGGCCCAGCAAGCCGUCUCCGAGCUGGACCCUCGGGACCCGCGUCCGGCCCCGAGCCCCCCCUGGUGGUCGACGGUGUUCUCGAGCCGCUACAAGACCGAGCUCUGCCACCACCUGGAGGAAGAGGGACGCUGCAGCUUCGGUGCCGGCUGCGUGUACGCCCACUCCCGCAGCGAGCUCCGCCCUAUCCAGAGGCACCCCAAGCACCGGUCCCAGCUCUGCAAGGACUACCAUGACGACGGCUUCUGCAGCUUCGGUGCGCGCUGCAGCUUCAUCCACGCCCAGCGCGACCUGGCGGCGCUGCUCGAAGAGAUCGGUCGGAGUUCCGCCCACGUGCACCCGAUGCCCGAGAACCCGGGCUCCCGCUGCCAGAGCCUCUCCGGGUCGUCCGCGCCUUCUGGAUGGUCGUCGCCCGCGAUGGCCGUCCCCGCCAAGCCGGCCAACUCUAGGAGACAGCGAGGCCGACCGGCUGCCAAGAUCCGCGAGCCGCGUCGCAGCGUGGCGCCCUACCACGACGAUCGGCCCGUUGCUCGGACCCCGACGCUCCUGGACCGGCCGCUGGAGCCCGGGUUUCGAAAGCGCUGGGGCGUCCACUGGCAGGAACUGCCUCGAAGGAGGCUCCAAGUCUUCGAGAACAUGUGUCCUCAGAAUUAA